AUGCGUUUUCUUCAGACCAUACUGAAGCUCUCUUUAAAAUUAUCCUCGAAAUCAUAUCAGGAUUUAUCUAGGCUAAUCCAUGCCAAGGAUAUUCUUGGAUUCCUCUUUAUAACUGUGCAAGCGUGGCUGUAUUAUUCCAAGCUGCAGUUUAGCAUCGUGCGCAAGAUUCUUGUGCUAUAUAUCAUCUUGCUGGUGUUUCAAAUGGAUAUGUUAUAUAUGAAUUGUGUUUGCAUAUUAAAAGCUUGCUUCAAGCAAAUCAACGACAGUCUGGCAAAUUUGCGAGAACUCGUGAAGAAUGGUGAGCCAUAUCUUCUGAGUGACACCUAUCACGGGCGGAGGAAUCCGUUCCUACUGAUGGAAAUCAUAGCUUUGAAGAAGCAACAUCUGGCAAUAAGCGAUACAGUACGGAUGCUAAAGAUGGUCUUCAGUUUGCAACUUCUUACUACGACAGUCAUGACUUUCAUUCAAAUCACCUUCAAUCUAUACUUUUACCUAGUGCGAGUAAAAGAAGGUGUAUCUGUCAGUAAUCUUGAGAGACAGACUUACUACGAGUACUUUAUUACAUCUGUAACAUAUUAUUUUACGAAAAUAGUGUUGAUAGUAUGGGCUUGCGAAACCGGCAAGAAUCAAGCCAUGGAGAUUGGCAGUACCAUUCACAACGUAUUCAACAGCAGUAGCAAUAAGCAAAUAAAGUAUGAGUUGCAAUUGUUUUCUUUGCAAUUAUUGCAUUGUAAAAAUAUAUUUUCCGCAAAGGGGCUUACUGUGGAUGCUACACUUCUCACUGCGAUAGUAGGUGGCAUUACCACGUAUCUAUUAAUCUUGAUACAAUUCCUGGUCAUGUCGCAUUCCUGCGAUGGAAAAUUAUUAAUCAAUUUAACAGAUAUAAUCUAG